CUUACCUGGCCAGCUGUCAGCAGCAACUCCGAAGGCAAGAAGACAUCAGUUUUACCAUGGACUCUCUAGUUGCAGCAAAUACCAAAUUUUGCAUUGAUCUUUUCCAAGAGAUAAGCAAAGAUGAGGGUCACAAAAAUAUCUUUUUCUGUCCUCUGAGCCUCUCGGCUGCCCUUGGCAUGGUCCACCUGGGUGCUAGAAAUGACAGUGCACGUCAGAUCGAUGAGGUAUUACACUUCAGUGAACUUUCCCAGAAUGAAAGCAAAGAACCUGACCCCUGUUUGAAAAGUAAAAAGGCCGUGGAGGUUGACAGUUCUCCGGAAGGGCAGGAAGCAUCGACCCAGCCUCUGGAUGCACAGGCCAAGUCCUCCAGCCAUGAGAAUGAACUGCUCAGCUGCUACUUCGGAAAGCUUCUCUCCAAGAUCGGCAGGAUCAAAGCUCACUACACCCUGAGUAUGGCCAAUAGACUCUAUGAGGACCAGGAAUUCCCAAUCUGCCCGGAGUACUUAGAAGGUGUGAUUCAAUUUUACCAUACGACCAUUGAAAGUGUUGAUUUCCGGAAAGACACUGAAAAGUCCAGACAAAAGAUUAACUUCUGGGUUGAAUCUCAAUGCCAAGGUAAAAUCAAGGAGCUAUUCAGCAAGGACACCGUCAGUGAUGCCACUGUGCUGGUGCUGGUGAACGCUGUGUACUUCAAGGCCAAAUGGGAAAAACAUUUUGACUGUGAAAACACGGUUGACGCUCCUUUUUCUCUGAAUGAGAACGAAAAGAGGACCGUAAAGAUGAUGAGGCAACAGGGCACCUUUAGAAUUGGCUUCAUCGAGGAGCUGCAGGCCCAGGUCCUGGAGAUGAGGUACACCAUGGGCAAGCUCAGCAUGUUCGUCCUGCUGCCGCCUUGCUCUGCAGACAACGUGAAGGGCCUGCAAGAGCUGGAAAGGAAAAUGAGCUAUGAAAACAUCAUGGCCUGGACUAGCUCAGAGAACAUGUCAGAAGAAAAGGUGGCCGUCUCCUUCCCCCAGCUCACCCUGGAGGACAGCUACGACCUCAACUCCAUCCUCCAAGGCCUGGGCAUCACGGAUAUCUUCGAUGAGACGAAGGCCGACCUCUCGGGCAUCUCUCCCAGCCCCAGUCUGUACCUGUCCAAGAUCAUCCACAAGACCUUCGUGGAGGUGGAUGAAAACGGCACUCAGGCCGCAGCGGCCAGCGGGGCUGUGGGCAUGGAGAAGUCACUGCCCACGUGGGUGGAGUUCAAUGCCAACCGGCCUUUCCUCUUUUUCAUCAGACACAACAAAACCCAGACCAUUCUUUUCUGUGGCAGGGUCUGCUGUCCUUGAAGGGACACACAGUCCAGUACUUGGGUGUGGGAGGAAAACGGCAGCGGUCUUCCCCUGUGUGAUGUGGGCACUGGCGUGUCUGCCGAUAUCUAGAGCUGAUGGCCUCCUGUCACAGCCCCGCGCUGCCUGCCCCCCGCCAUCGGCCGGGUUUGUCCUGAGCUUUGCUCACCCCGAAGCUGAUUUUCAUCUGUCUGUUCCUAAUGAAGGGCCCUUGCUGCCUCCCUCCCCCUUAUACCCUAAACUUUCAAGCAUAUAAAUUCACCGUCUGU